UUUUCAGACUCAAGUGAACAGGCCGCUUUUUCCAGCCUGCACUUUCAGGCUGAACUAAGGUAGGAGCACAUUUCUAGAGUCUGGAGCUUCCUCUUUUGUUCCGCCGCUAUUCUACUCCUCUUGAGCAUGGGUCCUGAUCUGGAGGUGGCAGAGCUGCUGGGUUUGCUCGUGGCACUCUUGUCGCACCUCAUGGGCCUCGUGCAAGGUGCCCUUGCCGCACAUGUGGCAUUUCUGGAACAGAUGGCCCAGGAACCUGAUCAUUCUGCUGUGAUGAGGAAACGCCGCAGGCGGGAAUGGUUUACCCUCGCGACGGCUCCACAGCGCCAUCGCUUCUGGGUUUACCCACAAAGGAACAAGGACUGGUGGCAAAACUGUGUCAUGUCUUCCUGGGUCGACGAGGAAUGGCUCAGGAACUUCCGAAUGACCAGGAGGACCUUCAUGAGCAUCGUGGAGAGCCUCAGACCCCUCCUGCAGCGCCAGGAGACAAACAUGCGGGCUUCGUUCCCUGUGGAGAUGGUAGUCGGCAUGGCUAUAUGGUACCUGGCCAGCCCCAACAGUUUCCGUGAGGUCAAGCAGCGAUUUGGUGUCGGCCUGACUUCUGUAGCGGAGGCCGUCCAUGACUUCUGCCGGGCAGUGAAGGUUGCGCUCUUCGAGAGGGUGGUCUGGUUCGAGGAUCCCGUGGAACAGGUCAUGGAGGGAUUUGCCCAGCUGGGCUUCCCCCAGUGUGUUGGAGCCAUAGACGGAUGCCACAUUCCCAUCAGAAAUCCUUCCGAUGCGCCGGUGGACUACAUCAAUCGGAGAAACAGUCCCUCCAUUGUCCUGAUGGCUGUCUGCGACCACAAGGGACGGUUCUUCGACGUCGAGAUAGGACCUCCAGGCAGGAGCUAUGAUGCCCACAUCUUCCGCGAUUGCCACCUCACCCACGCCAUGGACAGGGGCGAGUUUUUUCCAGGGAAUCCGACACUUACCGUGGAGGGGGUCGCCGUUCCCGCGCUAGUUCUGGCGGAUGGUGUGUUCCCAAUGAGGAGGUGGCUUGUAAAGCCAUAUGCUCCCCCACAUGAUGCCAGGGAGCGUUACUUUAAUGAGAGACUUUCCCGGGCAAGGUGCGUGGCAGAGCGUGCAUUUGGGAGACUAAAGGCCAGGUGGCGUUGCCUUCUAACAAGGCUCCAGGUCAUGCCCCAGAAUGUCAAGCAGAUCGUGGGAGCAUGCGUCGUGCUCCACAACAUUUGUGAGAGCGAGGGCCAUGAGGCUCCAGAGAGCACGGCAGGGGCUGGGCCGCUGCUGUCGCAGUUGGAGGAGCAGCAGCCGAUUUCAGUGGGGGCGCAGGAAGGAGGGGAACACGAUCCUUGCGAUGACGCCCAUCUCGCGGAGGGCAGGGCUGUGCGAGAGGCUCUGGCCACCUACCUGUACAGGGGUGAGGGCCAUUGAUACCUUCUGCAUCUAUGUUAAGUGCCUGGGUAUGGGUGGGAUUGGGACCAUGGUCACUGACUAAUUGAAGGGGCACCCCCUUCAAUUAACUAUUUGACGUUCUUCAACACUUUGAAC